CCGGUCCAAUACGCGCCGUAUUACCCCCAUUUGGCUUCGUCGCCCUCAGUAACUGGCCUGUUUUACCCGCAUUUCUCUAUCCUUCCGCACCUAGCUUCACCUGGUGGGAACUUACCCCUCCCAACCUCUCCACCCCACGCCGCCUUCAUCAUCAGCACCCAUCCAUCCAUCAUAAUGAGCCCGCCGCCCGGGCACCGCGCCGCCAACAAGGCUAGUCGCCAGUGCUGGGAGUGUGUCAAGCGGAGGCUGGUGUGCGAUUUCACUCUGCCCCACUGCCGCAAGUGCAUCUCAAAAGGCAGAGAGUGCCCUGGUUAUGGCGAGCAGAGGCCGGUUCAGUGGGUGGCAGUGGGCAAGGUCACGUCGCGACGGCGCCGCAAGGAAUCCCCCUCAACCGCCCAGCUGAACCAUCAGAUCCGCUCCCAGAGCUGUCUGCAAGCCGAUCCUGCAGCAGAUGGCGAUGCCAGCUCUCAUGCCGAGCAGUCCGAGUACAUUUCCAAGCUGGCUGACGAGUUUGACAAUGUCGUUUUCAAGUACAGGCUCGAUGGCAACGUUCAGGAGGUCUUCUCCAAAACCAAUCGACGAGCUGUCGAGAAGGCCAUCGAAGGGUGCAAGCGCGUCAAGCCCACAUCAACUCCUUACGGCACCAAGGGUCCACUAGAGAGAUUAACAUUGGCGCUGCAAAUCAUGAAUCUGGAUAGUGUCCCCGCAUAUGAACUUCGAAGUGAAACGAGCGAAGUCGUCCAGUCCGUAGAAUACUUCAACAUGCGCGUACUUCCUCAGCUCAAAACUGCAGACGAGCUGGUACCCAAUCCGCAUCUCAUCAUAUUCCCUGUAGCUGCAUUGCAUUUACUCCCCCCUGCUGUCCAUCAUACCGUUGUUUGCCUGACCCUAUCCCACUACACUUUUUCGCUCCCCCCCGCCGAAUCCAGGGCGGUCGCGGCUACUUCCACCACAAAGAUUCUGCAUCAUCGCGGUUCAGCUUUGAGAGAGAUAAGUCGCCGCCUUACCACGCAAAAGAGCCCCGCCGACAGUACCGUGGUGAGCGUGUGUAUGCUCAUGUGCUGCGAAUUGCAGCAGACAGGCAUAUCCAUGUGGCGCCAACACGCCGAUGGCCUCCUCCGCCUUCUUCAAAUGCAAGGAGGCUUGAUGAAUGUUUACUACACUGGCCUCCACCUUCGCCCUUGCAUUACCAUCUUCAUCUAUGUGGUCAUUUUCGCGAAUUGCUGCACCCCAGCCUACGACCAAAUGGUUCUCAACCCAUCCAAGGAGGAGCACCUCGUCAAUGUCAAAACAAUGUACGAGGAGAUCUUCCCCUACUGUCUCACCCCACCAUCCCUAUUUGAGGAAAUGAUCCGCAUCCACUAUCUCCGACACGAGACCUCCCUCGCCAUCAAAAACGGCCAUGAGAUCGAAGGAUUCUCGGCAACCGCUCACGAAAUCCUAACGCGCAUCAACGAAUUCUCCGUAAAGGAUUGGGCGCAGCCGGGGCCCAACUAUGAUGAUUGGCUCACCAUCGGCGAAGUCUAUCGAUCAGCAAUGGCCGUCUACUGCAUCAUGGCGGCGCAGGCUCUUGACAUCUUGCCAAAAUCCACCGCCAUGAAUGCUGAACUAAGCGACCAUGCCGAUAACCUGCUGGUCCAACUUGAGGUCGCCAUCAAAGUAGACCGACUUCAAAAGCAUCUCGCGUUUGGGUUGUUAGUUGCCGGUGUCGAAGCCGGAUACAGAAGUGAAGCCGUCCGCUCGUGGAUCGAGAGGUCGCUUCAGCAAUUGAGCUACAAGAUUGGGGCACACUGUCCGAUGCGCAUGGGGAGCUCACUGAGGAGGUACUGGAGAAAGGAGGAUGUUUCAUGGGAAUCUUGUUUUACGGAAGCGAACGCAUUUCUUUUUUGA